UACAGCAACACACACUAGUUUGUACCAGAACUUAGACGGUGGAUGGAACCGGAGGGCUAAAGGGUCUGACGAUUUAGCAACUAGAUAGUAGAUACACCCAACUGCCACCACGGAUUUUUUAUGGGAUAAACGAACAGGCCUCGCUGCUAAAACGAUGCCUCACAACAGACGGUACUCAUCGUCUGAUAGAGACAGUCGCAGCAGCUACCCAGAUCGCUACAGAGACAGAGGACGAAGAUAUCGGCACAGACGAUCACCUACGAACUCCUCCAGUAGUGACAGAGACCGCGACAGAAGGGGGCGAGGGCACAGACAGGAACAAAGCUACAUGCGCUCAAGGAGUCGCAGCUAUGACAAUCGCUCAACAGAACAUCGACCUUUUGAUCGACGGUACUACGAGGGAUACAGACGGUUGGAUCAGAGCCAAGAUCGCGACAGAGACAGGGAGCCACAUGGAGCAGCCGAGAGCUACUGCCCACGAGACUUCUCCCCGAACAUGUACGACUACAGGCGUGGCCGCGAGAGGGAGCGCGAACGGGACGAUUCAUAUCGGCGGAAAGGCAGCAGGCGUAAGCACAAACGAAGGCGGCGUAGAACCAGGUCCUAUAGCGCUUCCUCCUCGCGGAGCACCAGCCGGACGCGGGCACUGAGUGUGAGGGACGACGAGGAAGGGCACCUGAUCUGUCGGAGUGGGGACGUCCUGCAAGAGAGAUAUGAAAUCGUCAGCACUUUGGGGGAAGGCACCUUCGGGAGGGUGAUGCGGUGCAUUGACCAUCGCAGGGGAGGAGCUCAUGUUGCUUUGAAAAUUAUCAAGAAUGUUGAGAAAUACAAGGAAGCAGCUCGACUGGAGAUCAACGUACUGGAGAAGAUAAAUGAGAAGGAUCCGGAUAACAAGUUCUUGUGCGUUCAGAUGUACGACUGGUUCGACUACCACGGCCACAUGUGUAUCUCCUUUGAGCUGCUGGCUCUCAGCACCUUUGACUUUCUGAAGGAGAACAACUAUCUUCCCUACUCGAUCGGUCAGGUCAGGCACAUGGCCUACCAGAUCUGCCUAGCUGUGAAAUUUCUUCAUGACAAUAAGCUGACACACACGGACCUGAAGCCAGAAAAUAUCCUGUUUGUCAACUCGGACUUCACAAUGACCUACAAUGUAGAGAAGAAACGGGAGGAGCGGACGGUAAAAAGCACAGCAGUUCGAGUCGUGGACUUUGGAAGUGCCACUUUUGACCACGAGCAUCACAGCACCAUCGUGUCCACGCGGCAUUACCGCGCCCCGGAGGUCAUACUAGAACUGGGCUGGAGUCACCCGUGUGACGUCUGGAGUAUUGGCUGUAUCCUGUUUGAGUACUACUUAGGCUUCACGUUGUUUCAGACUCAUGACAACAGGGAACAUCUGGCCAUGAUGGAGAGAAUCCUGGGUCCAGUGCCCUCUAGGAUGAUCCGUAAGACCAGGAAGCAGAAGUAUUUCCAUCGUGGCCGUCUGGAUUGGGACGAGACCUCGUCGUCGGGGAAAUAUGUCAGAGAAAACUGUAAACCGUUACGACGGUACCUGCUGUCAGAGGCAGAGGAUCACCAUCAGUUUUUUGAUCUAAUCGAGGGCAUGUUGGAGUACGAACCCACCAAGAGAUUAGCGCUGGCCGACUCCCUCAAGCACCCUUUUUUUGAGAACAUGGGUCACGGUGAGGGAGGCGGCAGCAAGACCUGGGAGGGCAAUCGAGACAUCAGCCGGUGACCCAUAAACACGAAAGACUGAACCCCGCGGAGAUCGAGUCCUUUCCAUGUGAAGCAGCUGAACUGUCAAAUAAACUCGGACUUUGUAGGUGUUUUUUAUUUCAACUCUUUCUAAAAGCAUGGAGGUCUCCGAGCCCUGCUCCCCCGAGACCCGCCUCUACAGUCACAUGAGAAAGACCAGAAUAAACGUAACGAGUCACAGCGUGAAAGAAAAAAACGCUUGGAUGGAAGGUCGCUUUACCCAAAGUAGCCCUCCAUGCAGCUCCUGUCUUCCUUUUGACUCGUGAACUCCUUCUCUCUCCAUCUCCCUAAAGAAAAGGAACACUUCUAAAGUCACUAAGUCCACCUCCCCUCCCACGUGGAGCUGAAAUCUUCCAGAUCUGAAGUCCAACAAAAGGGUAAAAAUCAGACGGAGCUGUAAAUGAACUUCUCUCCGGGGUAGUUUUAGUUCUAAACAUAUUCUCUCGUCAACAAUCAGUCUUGCAUCUUUUCUCCGAAGCUGCAAGUGUCUUCAGAAUAGACAUAUCACCAUUUAUUUUUAUUUAUGUCUCUAUGUCCGUAAGGAAUUUUCCCUCCAUGGUGAACCGCCCCGGUUAGGUUAGCGGGUCGCUCUCAUCCACCAGUGAGCCGACUGGGAAACACUCCACUCACUGGUCUCCCCGUAGCCCGACUUACUGACAGAUGUUUGUGUUUUCUAAGUGUGAGUGUGUGUUGAUGUGCAUAAGUUGGGUUACACAUUAGUCCUGGGAUUAUUCUACAUGUAAACAAACCUAAACUGCCUUUUUUUCUUCUUCCCACGUUUGACACAAGCCUCUAUGGAGGUGAAGCACACUGCUCCUGUUGGUGUUAUUUAUAGGUCACGUUUCCCAGCAUUGUUUUUUUUUUUUUUGUAUGAAACUAAAGCAUUUAAAUCUGUAUAUAUGUAUUAUUGUGUAGAAUUAAAAUACUCUUUGCCAAAGGUUAA